AUGCGGGCCACGAGCUGGGCCGCAGUCAUUUCAUCUCGGUCUCCUCGUCACCCCGCGGGGGCCCGGGGCGCGUGCGCGAAGGUGGCGGCAGGGGGCGUGGCAGGGCCCAGGGGGCAAGGCUUAGGGCGGUGGGCGUGGCCAUGCUCCACGGCACGUGCGCGAAGGCUCGCAGGGGGCGUGGCGUGGGGGACCGAGGACGAGGAGGAAGACGGCGAGGCGGGCAGGGAGACGCCCGAGGACAGGGAGGUCCGGCGGCAGCUGGCGCGGAAGAGGGAGGUGCGGCUUCUUCGAAGAGGAACAAAAACAUCUUUGGAAGUGUCUCUGCUAGAAAAAUACCCCUGCUCCAAGUUUAUAGUUGCUGUAGGAAAUAAUGCAGUAGCAUUUCUGUCGUCAUUCGUUAUGAAUUCGGGAGUCUGGGAGGAAGUUGGUUGUGCGAAACUCUGGAACGAGUGGUGUAGGACAACAGACACUGUGCAUGUGUCCCCCCCAGAGGCUUUCUGCGUGUUUUACCAUCUGAAAUCGAACCCCUCGGUUUUUAUUUGCCAGUGCAGUUGCUACGUUGCUGAAGAUCAGCAGUAUCAGUGGCUGGAAAAGGUUUUUGGCUCUUGUCCAAAGAAGAAUAUGCAGGUAACUAUUCUUACGUGUCGACAUGUUACCGACUACAAAACUUCAGAAUCUACUAGCAACCUUCAUUCUCCUUUCCUGAAGGCCCUGAAAACACAGAACUUCAAAGAGCCUCCAUGCUGUUCACUGCUAGAACAGCCCAACAUUGUGCACGACCUUCCUGCAGCAGUUCUGAGUUACUGUCAGGUGUGGAAGCUCCCCGCUGUUCUGUACGUGUGCUACACUGACGUCAUGAAGUUAGACCUAAUCACAGUCGAAGCUUUUAAGCCCGUGCUUUCUACCAGAAGCUUGAAGGGUUUGGUCAAGUCUGUGUACUACGUCUGUGGGCUCUUCCCCCAGAAAGAUGUGUACACAGAACGUCUGCCUGUUAUUUCAGGCCUAGGAAGAGCCUGCGUCACACACGGCACCAAGGCGGCUGAGUGCAGUGGGGUCAAACACAGCUCGGUGCGGUGCGGGGCCUGCUUCUCCCGCCAGCCUGCCCGGCCCGAAGCCGAGGCCAAGGCUUCUGCGCAGGGUGUGCUCGAGCUGCGGACCUGGCUCCCUGACUCUCAUCCUCUUGUCACAAACCUCUGUCUGGACCUGUUUGUGCCAGUUCGAAAGCGGGGCAGGAGCACAGGGGGCACCCGGCCCGUCUACCUGGCUCCAGAGCCCUCUAUGUGGACACCACCACCGGAGCAGGCCUCUGAGGGCGAGGGUGAGAUUCGGGCCCUGAAGCCAGAGGCCGGCACCGUGCGGCGAGUGCGGAAGGCCGGGGGCCCCCACGAAUUGGAAGCGGGGUUUAGGCGCAGCAGUCCAGGGGUGGCAUGA